AUGAGUAAGAUGAAUUUAGAAUUGUUACCCAAUGAAAUUUUUCUCAAUCUAUUCGAUUAUUUCAAUGGUAUUGAUCUUCUUCAUGCUUUUUAUGGCCUUAAUGCUCGACUCAAUAUUCUUCUUUACAAUCAAUUUCGAAAUUAUUGUUUUAAUUUUAAAACAAUGUCAAAACAUAAUUUCAAAAUAUAUCAACAUCAUCUAUCAUUCAUUGCUGAUCGAGUUACUUCUCUUAGUCUUAUUGAUUCUAUUGAAGCUCCAGAACAAAUGAACCUAUUUUUCUCUUAUACAUCGCCAGUCAAUCAAUUUAUUAGUUUACAAUCAUUUGCAGUAACUAGCUUUCAUUCUCAUAGAACAUUAAUGAAAAUCAUAGAUCAAUGUCAUUAUUUAUCUAAUCUUACUCAUUUACACUUUCACUUCUAUGUUGUUCCAGAGAAUAAAGAAAUUUUUCAAUCAAUAGUCGACAAUAUUUGGAGUUUACCUAAACUUAUUCAAUGCAAUAUUCAUCUGUGUACUAAAACGAAAACAUUUUUUACUAUCCCGAAAAGAAUAUCUUUAUCUAUCGAAAGUGUAUCUAUAUAUAUAAAUGAACUUAAAUUUAAUGAAAUAAAUCAAUUGUGUGAAUGUACACCACGUCUUAAGAAUCUUUCUGUAUCUAUUGAUUUUUCUUUCAACUAUGGUCAUAUGUCACUUACUGUUUUAUCAUUAAUGCAUCUUAAUUUACACGUUUAUGAUGGAUCUGAUACAUUAAUAAUGAAAUUUCUCCAAAGCAUGCCUAAUAUAUGUAGUUUAAAAAUUAAUUUAAGAGCUACAUUAAUUGAUGGCCAUCAAUGGGAACAAAUUAUUUCUAAUCAUCUACCGAGCCUUAAAAUAUUUCAAUUUCAAAUGGAAAAUUUACUGACUUUUGACCAAAACAUAGAGGAAUUAGCUGAUGAAUUAAUUAAAUCAUAUCAAACUGCAUUUUGGAUUGAUGAACAUCAAUGGUUUGUUCGAUGUUUUAUACAAGGAAAAAUUCUUUAUUUGUCCACUUUAUCUAGUACAUUUGAUAACGACAGAUAUAAACUUUCUCGAUCGUUCAAAUUGAAUGAUCCACAAUGUGACCAUCAUGAGUUGUACAAUGGCAUAACAAGCGUCCAUGAAACAUUGUUUGACCAACCAAUGCCGUUGAAUAUUCAUGUAUCUCAUAUUGAAUAUCUUGCUAUAAAAUUUCCUUUGAAUGAUCAGUUUUGGUCUAAUGUACCAAAUUUCAAUCGAUUGAAAACACUUACAGUAGUAUCGCAUGCUGAUAAUUUUCAAUCUAACAUUCAAGCUUUACUUGAUCGUGCAUCUAACCUCUAUUCUCUAAAGAUCUAUCAAAAUGCAUCAUUACCUUUGCAAACGUCAUUAUUUCAAUAUAGAAAUACAUCAGUUCGUCAAUUCAAUUUAAAUGAAUGUUAUUAUCAUUUUAAUGAUGAAGAAUGUAUUAGAUUAUGUCAUUCACCAUUAGGUAUUCAAUGUGAAAUUCUUUACAUUAAGAUAAAGAAUCGUGAAAGUAUUAUUUAUCUUGUACAAAAUAUGAUGAAUCUUUUAUCAUUACAUGUUCAAUGUGAAGAUGAAAAGUAUUAUCAUCGAUUAACAUUAACAAACAAUGAUAAUGAUAAAUAUGGAAUUAGAAAAAUAGGAAAUGAAGAUGAACUUGUUCAAUGGUUAAAAGAUUGUUUACCAUCAAUGCGUUCAGUUUCACGAGAUGUAAAUUUUUUUAAUGAGAUUAUCAUAUGUAUUUGA